AUGAGUCCAACAAGCACUCAGCCAGUAUAUGCCACGGUGUCGGCCCUGGAGGCGGGACAACUGACAUUACCAGAGAAGCUAUUUGUGACGGCUGCUGAUCCUGACAAGAGAGCGACGGUUCCUUCAUUGUCUUUCUUGAUACAGCAUCCAUCGUCGAGUGGCAAGACAACAAGGAUUGUAUUUGAUCUGGGCCUCAAGCGCGACCUCACCGGCUACCCAGAGCCCCAACAACUCCACAUCCAAAAUCGACAACCGACGAUACUGCGACCUGACUGUGCCGAUAGUUUGCGCAAAGGGGGUUUGGAACCCGCGCGAGACAUCGAUGUUGUUAUCUUGAGUCAUGUACACUGGGAUCAUGAAGGCACUCCAUCGGAUUUUUCGAACUCCCAAUUCGUCGUGGGCUCCGGAACGUUGCAUCUACUUGAGAACGGAGCACCACCGCACUAUCCAAGGGAGAUAUUCAACCCGAAUUUGUUACCAAGAGAGCGAACCCGAGAGCUGCCACCGGUGGCAAAAGAUAGCACGACAGCCGCCGCGAACCAGACCGAUCAUCAAUGGAAGCCUUUUGCGGGAUUCCCAGCGACGGCUGAUUUCUUCGGAGAUGGAGCCAUCUAUGUGGUCGACAGUCCAGGGCAUCUCUAUGGCCAUGUCAACCUCCUCGUUCACGUUGGGCCACAGAAAUGGGUCUACUUAGGUGGCGAUUGCUGUCACGAUCCAAGAAUCCUGUCGGGAGAGAAGGAUAUUGCAUUGUACGAUGAUGGACACGGCAGUCUACGGAGUGUUCACGUCGACACAGACAAGGCAAGAGAAACACUCGACAAGAUAGGACCACUGCUGAAGAAGCCGAGCCCGAGCUUCGAUGAGCCGUCCGAGGUAGAAGUGAUUGUUGCCCAUGAUAAGAACUGGCGGGAGCAGAAUCAGCAUCGCUUCUUCCCUGGUACGCUAUGA